AAGUGAACAGGUGACUUAGAACCAUAUCCACGCUAACGUUUUUAUUUUGACGUUUAUUAACUCAAUGGAACCUUAAAAUAUGACCCAUUUAACUGCACAGCAUCACAUAUUUACCCCAUAUAGUCUUUAAUUCGCAUUGGAGAAAGAACUUGAUAUAUGCUAUCUAGGUAAUGCUAGCUAGCUGCAAAGUUAGCAAACAAUGGCUAACUGUAUGGUUUUUCACACUCAAAUAGCCUCCAUCAUGGAGGUGCUAGCGAAUGCAGCAGUGGCAGAGAUCUGUAAACUCGUAGACGACGACUAUGCAGUGUGUCGUUUGGAAAUUUCUCAAAGCCAGAAAGAAAACAGGGGAUUGCGAAGGAAACUACAGAUAUUGGAACUGAAGGUGUCACGGGAGCGCGCAGAGAGGACAAUUCGAGAGCGCGUUCUCGCCAGUCGUCCCAGUAGUGUCAAGAUCCUCGACCGAUACAGAGGAAUGGCAAGAGGUGAAGGACAUCUUACUGGAGGACACAGGGGCUUUGUGAAGCCAGCGGGACACAAUGCGUGGAGAGAUGACCAACCCAUAGCUGUAGAUGAGGGGAGUGGAACCUCAACUCAGCAUGUUAUCGUAAUAGAGUCGGCAGAUGCAGAGGCUGCAGGUCCUGGAGGAUCGUCUCUGGUCAAGCAGGAGAGGACUGAAGGAGAUGACCCACGACACAGCAGAGACAUCCAGACUGGCAUAGUGGCUGGUGUGGCGCCCUCUUUAGCCACGGAGGACCCCGCUGCCCCGCCCCAGCCUAAGAACCGAUGCAGCAUCAUGGAGGAAGAGGAGGGUCCAGAGGUGCUGCUGGUGAAGGAGGAGGGGUGUGAGGAGGGAUUGGGGAAGCCUGAGGGGACCAUGGUCAUGGAUGACAACCAGACUACACCUCCUCCUGAACCCACAGAGGAACCAGCUGAGCAGCACAGGACCACACACAGUCUCACUGAGUCAGUAGAUAUGGAGGAUGGGAAGCCUGAUCUGCUGCUGGUCAAAGAAGAGACAAUGAAGGACGGACCAGAGAGCAUUGACCUGCGGAGUGGACUAAAGAUGGGGGAGGAAGGUGGUUGGCUGGAGGCAAACAGAGGAGACUGGGCGGCCAUCUUGGAUUCCAAGACUCUGACGGGUGCAGCCAAGGGCCCAGGGGACAACAUCACUGAACAGGCCAGGACCAGAAGCGACAUAGUGGAGUCUGCAGUCCAUGAGGACUUGUUGAUAUCCAGUGUUGCUGGUGGGAGAGACUGGACCUCUGAGGUGGCUGGUCACAAACCCUGGCCCCAGAUCAGGAUCAUGGAUCAGGAGCCGCCGCUCUUCCUUCCUGAGUCGGAUCCGGGACAGAGACUCCACCACAACCACCACACAGAACACAACCAGUGGACAGGUGGACUGAACAACAGUCCUGGUGGUCAUCAGAGAGACAGAGGCUCCAGUCAGGGAUCCAGUCUGCAGCCUGGGGCUGAUAGAGAUAGAACCUCCUGUUCCUAUGAUACAAACACCACAGUAUCCAUGAUGAAUAGAGCAAGACACCCUGGGAUUCAGCCUUCAGAGAGAGUGGUGGGAGACUCCCCUGAUGGGAAUCUAACAGGAAAUCUGUCUUCUCUUUCAGGGUCUCGUCUAAUGCCUAAUGACUGGGUUCAUAAAAGGCCUGGACCUGGGUCUCAGCUACCUCAUCGUUACCCUACCAACACAGCACACAAUCCCAACAACACCCAAACAAUGGCUAGAGGUCAAGGAGGGAACUCAAACACUAACCACCUGAGGGUGGUGGCUCCUGCUUCUACCUCCUCUGGUGUCAUUGGGUCACAACGUGGGAGGCUGAGUAUUAGGACGGAUGCCGACAAGCCGUACGCCUGCCCCACGUGUGGGAAGCGCUUCGCUCAGGCGAAUUAUGUGAAGAUGCACCAGACAGUUCACACCAAGGAGAAGCCCUUCAAGUGCAAACUAUGUUACAAGAGCUUCUCCUUCCUAACUAACCUUACCAGACAUAAGAGUGUCCACAAUGGGGAGAAAUCGUAGCACUGUGGCUUGACUUUUUCGCAGGGGAUAUCUGGGAACCAUUCUUUAGCUGACAUAUUACAGUUAUCAUGUGAAGUGUCUUGGGGUAAGAUUUUUUUUUUUAAGUACUCAAAGUCCCUCAGUUUAGUGGCGACCCCAGACAUUUUUCAUAGGGGUGGCCAGAUGGGGCCACUGAAAAUAUUGGGGUGGCAGACCAAAACCAAAAGCCUUAACUGAAUUUCAGGAAUUCUAUUAUGCUGUUGUAGUAUAUAGGCUAGUUGAAAACGAUGUCAAAAUGAGAGUUAAGAAAUCGCAUACUGAUAUACUUUAGUUUCUUAUUUUACAGUUAAUGUUACUAAUUAUCUGAUGUGCAUAGACUAAUACCGGUACAGUUAACAUUUUGAGUUCCACAGCAAUCCUGUUUUAAUGUGUUAUGUAUCUGAAUAUACAUGUGUUAGGCGAUUCAUUGUUCUUCAAAUAGGCUAGUUGUCGUUUUCCUUAAAAAGACAAAUAUACAGCUUUAAAUUUGAAGGAGUACAUUGAUUGUAAGGAACAAAACAUUUACUGGGAACAAGCCUACUCAAGUUUAAAAACACCACACAGAGGCCUCCAAUUAUAUUCAAUACAGCUUUAUUUGGCCGUUGCUGUGUCUUUUUGUAAACUAAAAUAUUAUAUAUGUCCCAAAAUGAAAAACAAAACAAAAGCAUAAUCAUGGACAACAAUAUACAUUUUACUAUAGCCUACUCACAAUAUAUUCAUAUCCCUGCUUUAUUGGGCUACAUUCUUUUCAAUACAGCUUUAUUUGCCUGUUGCGGGGUCUUUUGGCAAACACAUCCACAAAAUCAUCAAGAUUUAUGGCCCGAGCCCUUCUGGACUCUACACUUAAUCAAGACUGUCUUGAGAAAUACAAUGAGUGACGAGCAAUUUUGGGGGUGUUAACGUUAGCACAGAAAACUGCGCUCACAUUCUGAUUCAAGGCUUGUAUCCCUUGCAUUAUGACACAACUUUCUUUAGAAAAUCUUCUCUUCGCCUCAGAGAGAAGCACAUCAACAAUUGGAAUGAAUGAACCUGCCCGAAAUGACUCCUCAUCUGUGUUGACCUGUCUUUGAACUAUUGGAGUGGAAAUGUAAUACCCUUGAUGUGCCCAAGUUGAAUUGUGGGGGAAAUGUAAAAUAUCUGACAGAUGUUUUAUCUCACCAAAAACAUUGGUGAAUGUUACAAGGAGGCCAACAAACUUUAGAUAUAUUUGGGCUAAUAGACCUCUUGCCUCUACAGCUCUGUCACCAUUUCUCUCGUCAGAUAUUUCUUUCAGUAGACGUAUGAUGGCUGGCAGUCUGUCCUUCACUGUCUUGCAAGCAUUGUACCUACAUGCCCACCGUGUCUCUAUCAGCCGUUGUAACUCUCUCGGGGCCCCCCGAAACAUCUCCCUCUGUACCUCUAGCCACCUUUGGUGCACAUAUGACCCUGACACAAAGACAUACAGUUUCUGCAAAAUAGAAAAGAAACAAUAGGCUUCAGGGAUGCAUUUCACACUGUCAACUAAUACUACAUUUAAGCAAUGUGCAUUUCAGUGAACAUAAAAAGCAAAUGGGGCCUCUGAUUUAAUGCGUGCUUGCACACCUGUGUUCUUUCCACUCAUGACAGAGGCACCAUCAUAUGCUUGCCCUACUAGGUGGUUUCUGUAGUCAAGGACAUACUUCUGCAGUAUUUGUACAAUUUUCUGUGAAAGUGCUGUAGCAUCCAGGCGCUCUGCUGCUUCAAAGGUGAGGAAACGUUCACAUAUUGACCCAUUGUAAUAGUAUCGAAUUACAAAGGACAUCUGUUCCUUCUUGCUAAUGUCUUUGGUCUCUUCAACCAUAAUGCUGAAAGCCUCACUUUGUGCAACUUCACUAAUUAUUGAGGUGCGGACCAUUUCAGCCAGGCAAUAAAAAAAAUUUUUUGUGUA